AUGGCCAAGCUCUGCAAAUCAAUAACAAAUUCAGCCAUAACAAGGUUAGCGAUAGCUGCUUGUGAGGCUGAGAGAGAAAGUGAGAGACUCACUGGUUAUGUUCCAGAGCCGUGCUGCAUAACCCCACACUCUCCAAGAUGUUACAAGAAUCAAACCCUAGCUUUCACCCACUCUCAAUUCUUCUCUUCUAAGUCAUUUUUAAGGUUAAAGAAGCAGUCUUUGGUCUCAGCUCUUCAAAUUAAUAAGAGGCAGAGGACUCGGAGGUAUCGCUCUGUUCCUGUUGUGUUCGCUGCACAGUCCAAUUUCUUAAAAGGUUGCAUUGCAAAUAUUCCAUAUGUCUUCCGUCUAUUGGAUGUUGUACAAACAGUUUGGAAGGUUGGGAGAGAUGGAAUUGAGGCAGGAACCAAUCUUGUCCUGGAUUCUGUGCCAAGAUCAAUUGCAAGGGUUUCUUUGACAGUAGUUGCAUUGGCUCUUUCAUUCUUUGUACUCAAGUCUUUACUGUCUACAGUUUUCUUUGUGCUGGCUACGAUGGGACUUGUGUACUUUACAUUUAUAGCUUUGAAUAAGGAUGAAGGACCAAAGGGGGGUGGAGGCACCACCUCUACACCAAAGGAGGAGGGGAUGGAGGACAGUUUAGAAGAAGCCAGAAGAAUCAUGGAGAAGUUAAAGAAGCAGUCUUUGGUCUCAGCUCUUCAAAUUAAUAAGAGGCAGAGGACUCGGAGGUAUCGCUCUGUUCCUGUUGUGUUCGCUGCACAGUCCAAUUUCUUAAAAGGUUAG